AACCUCUUACCCUCCUUCUUCCUCCAUUAAAACUCACAUUCAUCAAAACACCAGCUACUAGCCCACACACACACACACAUAUCCAACCAAAGUUCCAGAACGAUCAAACAUGAGAAUCAAGUUGUUCGUGAAAGUUUUGUUGUGGGUUCUGGGAAUAAUGAUCAUCACAGGUACUGCAGAAGUUUCAGAAGGUGAAGAAUGCCAAUCUGAUCUGAUAGGGCUAGAAAUAGAGUGUCUUUAUUACAUGCACAAGGGGGUUCCUGCAAUGCAAAACCCUAAUGGUCGAUGUUGCAGAGCGAUUCAUGAGGCCAAUAUACUCUGCGUCUGCUCCAAACUCACCCAGAAAAUCAUAAUACCACCAGGUUAUACCAUAGAAGAUAUGCUUGACUGGUACAAAGUGUUGAAUUGCUUGAACUUCUGUGGCAGACCCCUACCUCCUGGCUUCAAGUGUGGACAUUUCACCGUCCCACCAACUGGACCCCCAGCAAAGUGAAGAUCGGAAGACGGCUAUGUUUUUGGAAGAAAGAUACACUAAUUUGUUCUGGUUUAUAUUAUUAUUAUUAUUAUUAUUAUUAUUAUUAUAUGGAUUGUAUAUGGUAGAAGCUGCUUGUUGGUUAGACAAUCAUAGAAUUGAGAUAUACAGUUCACGAAAUCAGAAAAUGGGCUCCUAAUAGUGUGAUGUGAUGUGAUGUGAAAUCUUG